AUGGCUUCUCUGAUCAACGAAGCAGCAGCCAGUUCUUCAUCUUCUGCUCUCCCACUUUCUUCUACUGAUCACCAAAAUCAUUACACAUACGAGGUCUUCCUGAGUUUCCGAGGCGAGGAUACGCGCUAUGAUUUUACAGAUCAUUUGUACAACGCUUUGUGUCUGAGGGGAAUUAAGACCUUCAGAGAUGAUAAGCUUAGCAGAGGAGAAGACAUAUCACAAGAGCUCCUCAAAGCAAUUGACGAGUCCAGAGUUUCAAUCGUCGUCUUCUCUCAAAAUUAUGCUUCCUCAAGGUGGUGCUUAGAUGAACUGGUCAAGAUACUUGAAUGCAGAGAAUCCAAAGGCCAGAAGUUUAGAGCUGUUUUCUACAAGGUGGCUCCUUCAGAUGUACGACACCAAAUAGGUGCUUUCGGUGACGCAUUUGCAACACUUGAUCAAUUUUACAAGGAUAGCAUGGAUAAAUGGAAGGCAGCUCUCAAGGAAGCAGCAGAUUUGUCUGGAUGGACUUUUGAGUAG